AUGCAGUUUUGUUUAUUUUUUUUUUUUCUUUUGCAGGCAUCAGGUGUAAAAGUAGAUGCAAGUUGCAAGAAAGCUUAUGAUGAAUUACAUCAAAAGCAUCAACAUUCAUACAUAAUAUUUCGAAUUUCGGAUGAUGAUACAACAAUUAUUGUUGACAAAAUUGGCACUAAGAAUGCACCGUAUUCUGAAUUCGUUGAUGAAAUUCGGAAGAGUGUAGGUGAUGGUAAGGAAUGUCGUUAUGCUGCAGUGGACGUUGAAGUACAGGUACAACGGCAAGGUACAGAUGCUGCAUCUCGACUUACUAAAGUUGUUUUUGUGCAAUAUUGUCCAGAUGAAGCACCAGUACGUAGACGUAUGUUAUAUGCAUCGUCGGUUCGUGCUUUGAAAGCUACAUUGGGUUUGGAAAGUUUAAUGCAAGUACAAGCAAGUGAUAUCUCAGAUAUCGAUGAAAAAGCAAUUAAGCAUGAAUUGAUGAGUCAUCAACGUACUUAA